CCUGCUGGCAUAGGAGGCGGGACCUGGCGGCCGCCCCCGCCCCUCGUAGGGCGCCAGGAGAGUUGAACUGAAGAGCCGCUCCGUAUGGGCUUCGGUUGCGGCGCUGCUCGGCCUGAAGAGAGCUCACUCAGCGGCCGAGGCGCCGCGCUCCCCGCGCGGGGGGGCAGGCAGAGGGCAGGCUGCCCAUGGAGAGCCGAGAGGACGGGCGGGACUGGGCGUAUAGGGUUGAUCCGUAUGGGUUUGAAAGGCCAGAAGACUUUGAUUAUGCAUCCUAUGAAGCAUUCUUUUCCAGAUAUCUAGUGGUACUCACUAGAAGAGCAAUAAAAUGGUCCAAGCUCCUAAAGGGGAAUAAUGGUAUACAGAAGAGUUUAAAAGUGAAGAGAUAUAUCAGGAAAGGCAUCCCCAAUGAACACCGUGCAUUGAUCUGGAUGAUUGUGAGUGGGGCCCAAGCCAACAUGGAACAAAACCCUGGGUAUUACCACAGCCUGCUUGAAGGAGAGAAGAAUGACAAGCUGGUUGAAGCAAUCAAAACAGACAUGAACAGAACAUUUCCAGAUAAUGUAAAAUUCCGCAAAACUGCUGAUCCCUGUUUGCAGCAUGUACUCUACAAUGUGUUGGUAGCAUAUGGGCAUCAUAAUAAAGCAGUAGGAUAUUGUCAGGGCAUGAACUUCAUAGCUGGAUACCUGAUUCUUAUUACAAAGAAUGAAGAGGAGUCCUUCUGGUUGCUGGAUGCUCUUAUUGGAAGGAUAUUGCCUGAUUAUUACAGUCCUGUGAUGUUGGGCCUGAAAACUGAUCAGGAAGUCCUUGGAGAACUUGUGAAAAUGAAAGUUCCGGCUGUGGCAGAGCUGAUGGAAAGACAUGGAGUCAUGUGGACCCUAGUGGUGUCACGCUGGUUUAUAUGCUUGUUCAUUGACAUUCUUCCAGUAGAGACUGUGCUCCGAAUAUGGGAUUGUUUGUUCUAUGAAGGAUCAAAGAUCAUCUUCCGUGUGGCCUUAACGUUAAUUAAGCAACAUCAAGCGUUUAUUUUGGAAGCCACGAAUUUCCCUGACAUUUGUGAUAAAUUUAAGCAGAUCACCAAAGGAACAUUUGUAACAGAGUGUCACAGCUUCAUGCAGAAAAUAUUCACAGACCCUGGAACCUUGUCCAUGGCAACAAUCAACAAACUCCGAGAGACUUGCAGAGAGAAGUUACUUUCUCAGGGAUAACUCACCCCAUUUAACCAGGUAGUCAGAUACUACAGCAAUUGCCACAUUCCUCUAUUUGCACUGACUAAAGCACACUUUAAGCUUUCCAUCGGUUAACUGACACGACCAAUUUUUCCUGCCUUUCAAGUAAGUUUUGUUAACACUGUGUAAUGUAUGUCAGACUUAGUAACUGGAACUGGUGACUCUGUUGUUGUUUUUAAAGUGUUUUCA